AAAGGGUUUCCGGAGUGUCUCCAGGCUGAUAUCAGUGUGUACCUGAACCGGAGCCUGCUCCAUCACUGUAAGGCCUUCAGAGGUGGGACAAAGGGCUGCCUGCGUGCCCUGGCAAUGAGGUUUAAGACCACCCACGCCCCCCCAGGGGACACCGUGGUCCAUGCAGGAGAUGUCCUCACCGCCCUGUACUUCAUCUCCCGGGGCUCUAUCGAGAUCCUACGGACGGACGUGGUGGUGGCUAUCCUGGGUAAGAACGACAUUUUUGGGGAACCAAUCAAUAUGUACGCCCGCCCUGGCAAGUCGAACGCUGACGUGCGUGCACUGACCUACUGUGACCUUCACAAAAUCCAGCGAGAGGACCUGCUCGACAUACUGGACAUGUAUCCCGAAUUCUCAGACCAUUUCUGGUCCAACCUGGAGAUCACCUUUAAUCUUCGUGAU